AUGGCCAACCGCGCAGAUGCUUUAGUAACAGCCUCGCGACUCAUCGUCGCCGUACGCGACACUGCGAUCUCCACAGCCUUGGGUGUAGCCACCGUCGGCGUGAUAAAUAGUGAUACUUCAUCCCAAGCUACUAUACCCGCAGGCGUCACUUUCACUAUCGAUAUCCGCUGUGACACCGACGCCCUCGUUGAUGAUCUAUCAACUGCAAUUUUCUCGGCUUUCGACAAAGUCGUUGCACAGGAGGCGAAUGCGACGAGCUACCAUGUCCAGCGUACGUGGGGACUCCCAGAAUCCAAGUUCCAUGAGAAUUGUAUUGAGGCGGUGAGGACGGCGGCGGUGCGCAAUGUGGGUGAGGAAGGCGUGUUGGAGAUGAAGAGUAGGGCGGGACAUGACAGUGCGUGGACGAGUCGGGUUUGCCCGACGAGUAUGAUUUUUGUGCAGAGUAAGGGGGGUGUUAGUCAUAAUCCAGAGGAGUAUACGAGUCCCGAGCAUUGUGCGUUGGGGGCGCAGGUCUUGUUGGAUGCAGUGUUGUGGUACGAUAGCAAGGUUGCUAGUGGUGAGUUUGAAUAA